CAUUUUGUUAGUAAUUCUACCAUUUUUAUUAAUUUCAGGAAUGAUGCCCCCUCCCCAAAUAAAUCUAAAAGUGUUCACAAAUCAUCUGGUAAAUUAUUCCGUCACAAAGACAAGGAACGUUCAGGUAGUGGCAGCAGCAGUGGAAGCAGUGGGAAUAAUGGAUGUAGUAGCAGUAGCAGCAGUAGCAACAGUAGUAGUAGUAAACGAGAUGACCCCAUGGAUCUUAAAGACUGUCCCCUUGGUCUUCCUGUUGUUGGUUCCCUGGACCAUGCUCGAUCACUCCCUCGUUACACAGCAUUGGUAAAUAAUGAAGGUGUGUCAAUGGAGGAACUGGAUGGUCUUCAGUUAGAGCUGGAGCUAUUGCUUUCAUCUGUAUUGGUGCGGCAGAUGGCAUUCAACAACCAGCUAUCUAUUAUUUACCAAUUAGAAAAAGGGAAAUACGUUCCAAAGCCUGCUGUGUCUCCGGGAAAAAAGAUGAAGCGCGAGGAGGGUGACAGACCAUCAAAGAAGAUGAAAGAUUCUAGUGGAAAGUCUCGUGAGGUUUUAUCCUCACCUGGACCUCCACCAGGCGUUAAACCCUCUAAGGUUAAAUGCUCUGUUCAGAAAUAUGAACCAGUAUUUGAUGUGCCAGACUUAGGUCCACCAGAGCAGCCGAAACCACCACCGCCAAAGAAUGAUAUCACUAAUCGCUUCUGGGCAUACGUAGAGCAAUACUGUCAAGAAAUUACUGUGGAAGAUAUAAAGAUGUUAGAGGACAUGAUUAACAGCCCCAGUGAGGACAGUGACUACUUCAAGACUCCUCCUCUUGGUCGUCACUACACUCUGCGUUGGGCACAAGAAGAUUUACAGGAUGAACAGAAAGAAGGAAUGAAGUUGGCAGAAGGUAAGAAGAAAGGCAUCAAGGGAGAUCCUAGCAACUCUGACUUGUCUGAUAAACUCCUGAAGGAGGUUGAUAUGAAUGGAUGCAGUGAUGAUGUUGCUCCACUCGGACCUCUUACACAGAGAUUGAUUGCUGGUCUGGUUGAAGAGAAUGUCUUAGUGUCUGACAUUGAGAACAAAGGAGUGGAUGGAUUAGGCCACACACGACCCGGCAUGAUCAAAUCUUUAGGUUUAGGCAGCGCAUCCAGUCUAGAGAAACGAAUUAAAAAAGAACUCCAGGAGCAAGGAGUCAUGGAGACAGAUUAUGGCAAUGAGGAUGAUGAAGACGAAAUCUUGUCAGAGCUACGGAGAUGCCAAUCUGAACUUCGUGCAGUUUCAGCACACAACGUCACACAACUAACUCGCUUGCUGAAUCUUGCUCGAGAGUCACUAGUGCGUCAUGAUUUUAAAAAAAGAGACUUAGAAUGCAGAUAA